AGGAGACCGACAUUUUACUAGUAGGCACUGCAGAGACAGAAGAGCACGGGGUGGAGAGGACGCAAGAGAACGCAUCAUAUAUUAAAAUUAAAGAUCUGUUUGUAAACAGAUAUUUCGGUGUGUGUUUGUUUCGCCUCAGCAGCAUGGCUGUGGUCAUCCGCUUGCAGGGUCUCCCGAUAGUGGCGGGGACCAUGGACAUACGCCAUUUCUUCUCUGGAUUGACCAUCCCGGAUGGUGGGGUGCAUAUUGUAGGGGGUGAACAUGGUGAGGCAUUUAUUGUUUUUGCCACAGACGAAGAUGCCAGGCUUGGCAUGAUGCGUACAGGGGGAGCAAUAAAAGGUUCUAAGUGUCUCUCAUUGCUGAGCAGCAAGACCGAGAUGCAAAAUAUGAUUGAGCUUAGCGCAGGCGCUUUGAAACAGGCAAUGUAGAGGGAAGCCGCGGGCAAUGGUAGCAGACCAGGCCCCACCGUCAGCACAGGUGGGUAUGCAGUUUACCUACCACUUUUGCAGGGUUUCAGCAACACCACACCAACCACAGUCACCACAGCUGUCGCCGCACACGAAUCAAUAAGCAACAAAAAUGUGUCCACCUUUGCCACCACUAGCAUGGGAAACAUGCCCCCCAGUUUCAGCAAUAACUACAGCAGCCCAAAUCUAACCAUGGGAUCCACUAUGACUACAGCCAUGUCCUCCCUCAACUCUGUACCGCCGCCUAUCCCCCCUUUGCCAACCAUGCCCUCUCUGCCGCCCAUGCCUUCCAUUCCCCCUAUGCCACUUCCACCACCAGUGUCUUCUAUGCCUCCUGUUCCCACUGUGUCACCUUUGACUCAAGGCCAUCCUGUCCUUCCCAUGAGUCAUUUAUCCCACAUGGGCUCAAUGCCACCAUUCAACCCUGGCGUCCCACCCCCUGGUGGACUGGCCUCAGGGCUGCCUCUAGGAACCCCAAACCACAUGUUUCUUGGCCAUAUGAACCCUCUGUUAAAUCUUCAGGCACACAUGAAGGCUGCAAUAGGUAAUUCAGAUGAGUUAUAUGUCCACCUUCAAGGGCUGCCCUUUUCAGCAACUGACAUGGAUGUUAGGGAGUUUUUCCGUGGGUUAGGGGUGGAUUCUGUACGACUGGUAAGAGACAACAUGGGCCGGAGUAGUGGCAGGGCCCUAGCCAAGUUCUUUUCCCCUCAGGACACCUUUGAGGCUCUCAAAAGAAGCACUGGAAUGUUAGGGCAGAGGUAUGUUGACAUCUCUUUGGCUACGGAGAGGCAGUGGAUGAGCGUGACCAGUGUUGGCAGUGGGGUCGGAGGGCAAGCCCACUCAAAGUCGUGUAACGAGCCCCAAGACCAGCAGCAGCAGCGCCGCAGCAGCAGCAUCAACAACAACAACAACAUGAGUUCAGGGUCCCCGGCACCCAGAGAUCGUGCAAGGUCCCGGUCUCCCCACAAUAAAGAGUUUUGUGUCUACCUGAAAGGCCUGCCCUAUGAAGCAGUAAACAAACAGAUCUGCGAGUUUUUCAAAAACCUGGACAUUGUGGAAGACAGCAUUUACAUAGCUUAUGGACCAACUGGUCGAGCUACAGGUGAGGGAUUUGUUGAGUUCAAAAAUGAAAUGGACUACAAGGUUGCCCUCGGUUGUCACAUGCAGUACAUGGGAAGCCGUUUCAUACAAGUCCACCCCAUCAGUAAGAAAGCAAUGUUUGAAAAGAUUGAUUCAAUUCGUCAAAGGAUGCAAGGUGGUGAUAAGAAAAACAACUCUGAAUUGGUUAAGAACCCUAGAAACUGUGCUCACAUUUCAAAUAUUCCAUAUAAUGUGACCAAGAAGGAUGUCCGACUUUUUUUAGAAGGCAUUGCAAUAUUUGAGGAAAGUCUGAAAGUUCUGGUUGACAGCAGUGGUAAUGGUCUAGGUCAGGCUAUUGUGCAGUUCAGGGCAGAGGAGGAUGCUCUGAAUGCUGAGAGGCUACACAGGCAGAAAUUAAAUGGCAGAGAUGCCUUCGUACAUUUGGUUACUUUUGAGCAGAUGAAGGAAAUUGAGAGAAAUCCGCCACCACAGGUGAAGAGAGGCCAGAAACCCCAAGGGAACUCUCAAGGUCAGACACACGGUCAUGCUCAGGGACAGAAUCCAGUUCAGUCCCAAGCGCACCCUUUUGCCGGUAUGACAGGAGAGGAAUUCAACUUCCUCAGAAACACUGUAGGCAAUAUAGGCAAUGGUCCUUUUGCACCGUUUACUGUCCCAGGUAAUGGAUUAGCGGGCCCUCCUUUACCCCCACUAGCAGCAGGUCUUGGGGAUGUAACGCUAAGCGUUCCCCCGCCCAUGGUUGCCAGCCACUUGCCUGGUGCAGGUCUGGAACCCCCAGGCUUCCGGCCAGGCAGCAACAAUGGCCCACCUGGCUUUGGGCCAGAGGGCUUAAGGGGAAUGCCACCUUUUGACAAUGGCUCGAGGAAAAGUGGAGGCCAUAACAAUAAUAGCAACAACAGAGGAGGUAUCCAAGGGCGAUCAGGGGGUGGCCCUCAGUCUACUUUUGGGCCUGGCCCUGACCCUUUGAGAGGUCAGUCAGCUGGGGGCCCUGGUAACUCUCGUGGACCUACCAUUGUAAAGAUCCAAAACAUGCCUUUCACUGUAACGGUCGAUGAGAUCCUAGAUUUCUUUUAUGGCUAUCAGGUGCUGCCUGGUUCAGUCUGUCUACAGUUCAGUGAAAAGGGCCUGCCAACUGGGGAGGCCAUGGUUGCCUUUGAGUCCCAUGAGGAGGCAACAUCUGCUGUCCUGGAUUUAAAUGAUAGGCCUAUUGGGGCUAGGAAAGUGAAGAUAACCCUAGGCUAACACUUAAAUAUCCCUUCGACCGAUAAUGGAAUGAAACAUCCGGUUUUAUUAAUGCAAAUGUAAUUUAAUAUGCAUUUAAGCUCAACUAUCUUUACCAAAGUUAUCAAGUUGUCAAUAGGCCUAGCAUAGGAAUGACAUUGAAAACUCCUAUAUUGAUUAAAUGUACAAUAUGAUCACUGAAGUUAGAUGUGGGGAUUUCAAAAUGACAAAAAGCCAACUGUUGAUGUAGCUUAAAUCCAAUCAUGUUCACAGCAAGAGCAAUUCAUUUCUAAUGUUUAAAUAAGCUUAAAUGGUUGGAGUAGGAGGAUAGUCUCAUAUUGCUGUGCUGAGACACCACUUUCACUUGGAAGCAUGUAUCAUUUUAAAAUGCCCUGAAACAUUUUGUGUUUUUGUAUUUUUUUCCAUAGAUGUAACGUUUACAUGUCCUUUGUGAUGAUAUUCUAAAGUGGGUACUCGCCAAAUGCUGCCAUGCAUGGUGUUAGUACAGAGAACACUCCUUGUAUUAUGGUUAAAGCAUCUGCUUAUUUGCUCUAUGCUUUUCUUCACUGUUAAUAUAUGCAAAUGUCAAUGUCGUUGCCAGCUAUGUAGUGUGAGAAAAUGUACUGCUUUUAUGGAAAGAAAUCUGUUGAAAUUUACAAUUGGUUAAAUGGUCCGCAGAGCUCUCUAGAAGCUUUUGUAUUUGCCACUGCGUCUUCAUUUUUUUUCUUUUUAAGUAUGAGCUGUUUUUGAGUAGAUGCUAUUAGGAAUGUCUUAUUUUUUUAGUGUUCUAACAACAUAUAUUGUUUUAAUUUUUGGGAACGUUCCUGCUUAUUAUUUCGUAAGUGUUUGUAUAUAUUGUGUAGCUAAUAAAAUGACAUUCCUGACAUAG